CCAACAAUACCUCAAACACAAUAACAAGAAAGAGAGAAAAAAAGAUGGGUAGAGCUCCAUGUUGUGACAAAGCCAAUGUGAAGAGAGGACAAUGGUCUCCUGAAGAAGAUGCUAAGCUUAAGGCCUAUAUGGAAAAGUUUGGCAUGGGUGGCAACUGGAUUGCACUUCCUCAAAAAAUUGGGCUGAAGAGAUGUGGCAAGAGUUGCAGACUAAGAUGGUUAAAUUACUUGAGACCAAACAUCAAGCAUGGUGGAUUCUCUGAAGAAGAAGACAACAUCAUUUGCAGCCUUUACAUUAGUAUUGGAAGCAGGUGGUCCAUUAUCGCAGCACAAUUGCCUGGAAGGACAGACAAUGACAUCAAGAACUACUGGAACACAAGAUUGAAGAGGAAAUUACUUGGAAAGAAAAAACAAUCCACCAUCAAUAGAUCAUCUUCUGAAGCAUGUGAAGCUAAUAGUACCAUUGGAGAAGAGAAUUCACAGGCUAUUGAAAGGCUUCAACUUCAUAUGCAACUUCAAGGCCUUCACAAUCCCUUCUCUAUCUAUAACAAUCCUUCACUUUGGCCUAAAUUGCAUCCCCUCCUUCAAUCAUUGAAUCAAACCCCAAAUCCUCCUAUAGAACUACAAACUGGUAUGUGUAGUGCUAGUGAUUUUGUUAAUCAUGGACAAUCAAUGGCUCCUAUCCCAUCCUCAGGAAUCAUGGAGAGAUUCGAUGUGGGAUUAGAGCGAGUUUCGACGUUGGAAGCCGAGCUUGGGAACAUUCUGAUCAAUACCAAACCAUCUGCUUCUUAUGAUUUAGUGCAGGAGAAUCAUCAAAUGGUGGAAUUUGAUUGUUCUAAAGAAAUGGAUAGUGGUUCAAAGGACAAUUGGAGUUGGUGGUCUAAUGACAAUUUGGAGUCGAAAUCGACAUCUUCUAACUCGUGGGAUUCAACCAAUGUUCUUCAUCAUCAUCAGUCUGAGGGAAUGUUCCAGGAUUAUGAAUUUGGUUACAAUAUUUGAUUCUGGUUAUGUUAUUAACUUAUUAUUAGGGAUUGUGUUAGUUGUGGUUUGUAGUCAUAAGCUGGAGAAGGAGGAGAGUAUAUAUAUAUGUGUGUGUGUGUGUGUCUUCAUAUGGUGUAAAUUGUGUGCAUAAUAAUGUGAAUGUCAUUUUUCUUUGUUAAACUCUAGAUCUUGUCGU